AUGGCUUAUUCCCAAGUGUCUGGUUUUACCGAUCAGUUUUCUGAGGCUGACUUUCUACAGUCAGACGAUCUACCUACCCUUAGCAAUACCUGCCGAACAGCUACUUCGGUUGCCCUGUCUGAUCCUCGCCAGUCUCCCCAACAGCUAGCACCAUCCUCAUUAAAACGCGUUGGCCCUCGGAUCCACCAGAUCUGGAUACUGUACGACAUAAAUCCCGAGAUGGAGCAAUCCCGCUUACAAUUCACGGAAUAUUUUUGGGAUGAAUUCGACCAAGUUGCACACGAGAAGACUGGCGAGCCAAAGAUCAUAUACAAGCGCUGCCAUACUACCCUUACUCAUCCCCAGUUACGCCGCGGGGGAACAAGCCCGAUGAAUACGCAUCUUAAAAGUACUACUUACAAGCCUGGGCUGCAAAGAAGAGGGAUUGAUCAGCUACUGCUCCAAUCGACAUCACCCUUUUCCCAAGCAUUCAUAGCAAUUACUAGCUAUUUCGUUGGUAAUGACUGGGAGUAUCGCGAGGUCCUUCUUAGGUUUGAGCCACUACAUGGUUCACAUACUGGAUACAAUUUAAGUUCCGUCGUUAUCAACAUUCUUGAGGAACACCAGGUCACCGAUCGGAUAUUAUCUAUCACGACAGAUAAUGCAACGAACAACAAUACCAUGAUCAAUAGCAUCCAAGAAGAGAUCAAGGUACAAGGAAUUGGUGACACAGGGGUCUUUCGGAUUCCAUGUCUCGCCCAUGUGAUUCAGCUGAGCCUUAAUCAAUUACUGGGUAAAAUGAAGGCAGUACCCAUUAAUGAUGAGACUGAGAUUGAGUGGUCGGAUGAGCGUGCAUACUCAACACAUCCUAAGCGCACAAACAGAGAGAUAGUUGAUACUCUGAACAAGCGCCGCGAAGCCUUUUUAGGCCUCCAGACCGAAGAGCCUCAUCUACUCCCUACUCAGGAUGUCCGUACACGAUGGAAUUCUACCUUUCUAAUGCUCGGGCGUGCAAAGCGACUACAGGAGACCUUCAAACGAUACUGUCAAACCCAUGGAUAUCUCCAAUUCCAACUUGACAAAGAGAAGUGGCGCCAGUCACUUGAGGCCUCCGAAGAGCAGCUUCGCCGGAAGAGGAUUCCCUGGAAGCAAACUAUGCUUCAAGCACUUCAAGCAGCAAGGGAAAAGCUCUCAGAGUACUAUAAGAUGACUGAUCAUGAGUGCUAUGGUGAUAUUUACGCAAUUGCAACGAUCCUGGCACCUUCGAAGAAGCUUCGCUUCUUUAAAACUAAGGAUUGGCAAGGUGAUGUUGACUACGCUAGACGAUACCGUGGUUGA